AUGGGAGCCACCGACAACGGCUCAUCAUCUCAGCCCUUCAAGUUCCUGAUCUACGGCCGCACCGGCUGGAUAGGCGGGCUGCUGGGAAAGCUCUGCGAGGCUCAGAAUAUCGACUACAUCUACGGGUCGGGCCGGCUCGAGAAUCGGGCUUCGCUGGAGGCCGACAUCGCCUCGGCCCGGCCCACGCACGUAUUCAACGCCGCCGGCGUGACGGGGCGGCCCAACGUCGACUGGUGCGAGUCCCAUAAGGUGGAGACGAUCCGCACCAACGUUAUCGGCACGCUGACGCUCGCCGACGUGUGCCGGGAGAAUGGUCUGGUGCUGGUUAAUUACGCCACGGGUUGCAUCUUCGAGUACGAUCCGGGGCAUCCGCUCGGGUCGGGUGUUGGGUUCAAGGAGGAGGACUCGCCCAAUUUCAUCGGAUCUUUUUAUUCCAAGACGAAAUCAAUGGUUGAGGAUUUACUGAAAUAUUACGAGAAUGUCUGCACGCUACGUGUCCGGAUGCCCAUCUCGUCUGACCUCUCGAAUCCUCGUAAUUUCAUUACAAAAAUCACACGGUACGAGAAAGUUGUGGACAUUCCAAACUCCAUGACUGUCUUGGAUGAGCUUCUCCCCAUAUCCAUCGAGAUGGCUAAGAGAAACCUCACCGGAAUAUGGAACUUCACAAACCCGGGUGUUGUGAGCCAUAACGAGAUUCUUGAAAUGUACCGUGAGUAUAUAGAUCCUAACUUCACUUGGACCAACUUUACUCUCGAGGAGCAGGCUAAGGUUAUUGUUGCCCCGAGGAGUAACAACGAGCUCGAUGCCUCCAAACUGAAGAAUGAAUUCCCUCAACUCUUGUCCAUCAAGGAAUCUCUCGUUCAGUAUGUAUUCAAGCCAAACAGAAAAACUCCGGUGGCUUGA